UCUCCUUGGUUUUCACCUUGGACUGGAACCUGAGGCUGAUUCGCCCCCAAAUGAUGCUCGGGUUGCAGAAGUAGCAGAAGUUUAUCUUUGUCCCAAGAACGAGGAGCAGCGUGGUUCUGGUCUGUUUUAGCAGAACACCUAGCAUCCUUAACCUGAACAUGCCAGCCCUCUGGUUGUGAUUUCUUGGAAGAAAGCAAGAGAUCCGCACGCCUUGCUUUGGACCUUAAACAACACUUAUUUGAGCCAGGUUUGCUGCUGUGAUUGGCAAACGUGCUACUGCCGAAGCUGCCGAAGCUGCGGCUGGUGCUGUCUACAUCGUUCACUUUAUCCCUGGAUCUUUUCGAGAGUCCAUCUUGUAAAUGUUUAGCAUUUUGCUGCUUUACUGCUUCUUUCUAGAAACAAUUACUGCUGCAUCUGCCGAGAUCGGCGGAGAGAAGCGACUGAGCCCGGAGAAGAGCGAAGUAUGGGGACCUGGAUUAAAAGCAGAUGUGGUUCUUCCCGCCCGCUAUUUCUAUAUUCAGGCGGUGGAUACAUCAGGGAAUAAAUUCACAUCUUCUCCAGGAGAAAAGGUGUUCCAGGUUAAAAUCUCAGCACCAGAUGAGCAAUUCACUAGAGUUGGAGUCCAGGUUUUAGAUCGAAAGGAUGGAUCCUUCAUAGUAAGAUACAGAAUGUAUGCAAGCUACAAAAAUCUGAAGGUAGAAGUUACAUUCCAACGUCAACAUGUGGCCAGAUCUCCAUAUAUUUUAAAAGGGCCGGUUUACCAUGAGAAUUGUGACUGCCCUUUGGAAGAUAGUGCAGCCUGGCUACGAGAAAUGAACUGCCCGGGAACCAUUACUCAGAUUCAGAAAGAUCUGGCACAUUUCCCUACCAUCAAUCCAGAAAAGAUUGCAGUAGAAAUCCCAGAAAGAUUUGGACAAAGACAAAGUUUGUGUCACUACACCUUGAAGGAUAACAAGAUUUAUAUCAAGACUCAUGGUGAACAUGUAGGUUUUAGAAUUUUUAUGGAUGCUAUACUACUCUCUUUGACUAGAAAGGUAAAGAUGCCAGAUGUUGAGUUUUUUGUUAAUUUGGGAGACUGGCCUUUGGAAAAAAAGAAAUCCAAUUCAAACAUCCAUCCAAUCUUUUCCUGGUGUGGCUCCACAGAUUCCAAAGAUAUCGUGAUGCCUACUUACGACUUGACUGACUCAGUUCUAGAAACAAUGGGCCGAGUAAGUCUGGAUAUGAUGUCUGUGCAAGCUAACACAGGACCUCCUUGGGAAAACAAAAACUCCACAGCUGUAUGGAGAGGGCGAGACAGCCGCAAAGAGAGACUCGAGCUGGUUAAACUCAGUAGAAAACACCCAGAACUCAUAGACGCUGCUUUCACCAACUUUUUCUUCUUUAAACAUGAUGAAAGUCUGUAUGGUCCCAUUGUGAAACACAUUUCAUUUUUUGAUUUCUUCAAGCAUAAGUAUCAAAUAAAUAUCGAUGGCACUGUAGCAGCAUAUCGCCUGCCAUAUCUACUAGUCGGCGACAGUGUUGUGCUGAAGCAGGACUCCAUCUACUAUGAACACUUUUACAAUGAGCUGCAACCCUGGAAACACUAUAUUCCCGUUAAAAGUAACCUCAGUGAUCUCCUAGAAAAACUUAAAUGGGCAAAAGAUCAUGAUGAGGAGGCAAAAAAUAUAGCCAAAGCAGGACAAGAAUUUGCAAGAAAUAAUCUCAUGGGUGAUGACAUAUUUUGUUAUUAUUUCAAACUUUUCCAGGAAUACGCCAAUUUACAAGUGACUGAGCCGAAAAUCCGAGAUGGUAUGAAGAGGGUAGAACCACAGACAGAGGAUGACCUCUUUCCUUGCACUUGCCAUAGAAAAAAGACCAGAGAUGAACUCUGAUAUGAAAACCAUCUUCUAGUGAAAUAAUGGUGCUCUGAAGACUCUUCUGACCUGAAAAGAAGAAUGUUUUUUUAAAUAUUCAUUCCUUGGACAAUAUGAAAUCUGUUAUGAGAUUGUUCAGAUUAUGGAGACAUGUUUCUUCUUAUACAGUAUUCCCAUAACUGUCCUUAAAACACACAUUUGGAAUUUUAUAAUAAAACCACCUUUAUUUUAAA